CUAGAGAGAGAGAAAGAAAGAGAGAAAGAAAAAGAGGGAGGAAGAGACACGUCGCUAAGCGUAAGACGCAUAUAUGAUAUAUAUUUUUAAAAAGUUACUAUUCGAACAGCUGAUUCGACAAAUGUACUUUUGACGCGUGGUUGCCGUUAAAUGUAAUAGGAAUGUAAGUGACGUGUUGAAUCUAUCGGUGGAACUCUGUGAUCAACAUAGUUCUAUUAAAUUCGUUAAAUCUAAAUUUGUUGUGUGUAAUGAAAAUCAGUGGGUUGAUCGAUCUUCAAUGUCAUAUAUUAUUUAAUAUGAAAUAUGUACGUUGACGUGUCCUAAUGACGUAAUUUUUAUCUUAAAAAGAAAAUAUAUACGUACGUAUACAUAUAUUCAUCCUCCUUUAGAAGAUAAUGUGUUGUGUUUUACACGUACAUACGCAUCGAGAGGAAAUAAAAUAAAUUAUUUGUGAAGAUUCUAUUUGCAAUGAGGAUAUUACAAUUACCUGAUCAUCUCUCAUGAGACUAUAAUUAUAUUAAUAGUGGGAAAAAAAUAUGAAGCCUAAUCAAAGUGUAUUACUUUUUUUGCUCGCGUUGGUUAUGUUUUCCAUAGCGGAUAACGAAAAUGAUGGGAAAAAAUCUGCUGAUAUUACGGACAAAUCUAAUUCUAAAGAUGAUAAUAAAGAUAAUAAGCCUGUUGAGGAUCCCAAAGAGGCGUUCGAACAGUUACAGGAAUUUUAUGCUUUACAUGAUACUAUGUUAAAAAUUGUGCCAGAUAUUCUUAAUGAAAAUCUUCCUAAACCAUUAAAAGAGGAAUCUGAAAGUGAAUCUGAUACGACUAAUAAUAAAGAAUCCGUAGAAACUAUUGCAUUAAGGAAUCAAGUGUUAUGGAUGAAAAACAUAUUGGAUCAAAAUAAAGAUACAGAUAGUGACACCGUGGAUAAUAAAUUACAAUCAUCGGAAGAAGAAAUUUUAGUUUCUUGGGCGGAUGAAGAACCGUUCGAAAGCACUGAAGAAGAAGUUAAGGAAUCUUUGACACCGGAACAACAGAAAGCUGAACUGUUGUUCAAAAAUGCUCAAAAUUUAUUAAAUGCAACACGAGCAAACAAAGUGGAAGCGUUUAAGUUUAUCAAUGCAGCAGCAAUGCUGGGACACAAGGAAGCUAGGUCUAUGUUAGCGUGGGCACAAUUACUUGGAGAUCCCAUGAGCGUUGCUCCUCAAACUCGUUUUCAAUACAUUUCUGCUGCAUACCAAAUAUUUAAUGAAUUGUCUAAAACAGGCUUACCAUCUGCGCAUAUGGGUAUGGGAUUUUUAUAUGCAACUGGAUUAAGUGGAGUCAAUGCUUCUCAAGCGAAAGCUUUGUUACAUUACACGAUGGCAGCUUUGGGAGGUGAUCCUCGUGCACAAAUGGUUUUAGGAUAUAGAAAUUGGGCAGGAGUAACAACUCCUGUCUCAUGCGAACGAGCAUUAGAUUAUUAUAGAAAAGUAGCUAAUAAAGUUGCAGAGGAAGUAUCUCUUAGCGGCGGACCAGUUGUGCAACGUGUCAGACUUUUAGAUGAAUAUGAAAAUCCUGGAUACAGUUCUGGAAUUUUUGAUAGAGACUUAAUAGAAUAUUAUCAAUUAUUAGCCGAACAAGGAGACGUUCAAGCCCAAGUAGGUCUCGGUCAACUUCAUUAUCAAGGAGGUAGAGGAGUACCUUUGGAUCAUCAAAGAGCAUUACAAUAUUUUCUACAUGCUGCUGAUGCAGGCAACCCUAUUGCCAUGGCAUUUUUAGGAAAGAUUUACCUUGAGGGAAGCGAUAUAGUAAAACAAGAUAAUGAAACGGCAUACAUGUAUUUCAAAAAAGCUGCUGAUCUGGGAAAUCCUGUUGGUCAAAGUGGUUUAGGAAUGAUGUAUUUGUAUGGAAAAGGUGUUGAAAGAGAUACAGCCAAAGCAUUACAAUACUUCAGUCAAGCUGCAGAACAAGGAUGGGUAGACGGUCAACUUCAACUGGGCAAUAUGUAUUUUAGUGGAAUCGGAGUAAGAAAAGAUUAUAAAUUGGCAAACAAAUAUUUUAAUUUGGCCAGUCAAUCGGGCCACGUUUUAGCAUUUUAUAAUCUUGCUCAAAUGCACGCAACCGGAACUGGCAUGAUGCGAAGUUGUCCAACAGCUGUAGAAUUAUUAAAAACUGUUGCUGAGAGAGGAAAAUGGAGCGAGCAAUUAAUAAUAGCACAUAACAACUACAGAGAAGGGAAAAUAUAUGAAGCAUUUAUCAACUAUUACCUUCUUGCUGAAAUGGGUUAUGAAGUGGCUCAAAGUAAUGCAGCAUUUAUUUUGGACAAAGGUGAAAGUACCAUUUUCACGGAAGAGCAAGGAUUAGUUCGAGCUUUACAACUUUGGGCAAGAGCAGCUGCUCAAGGAUAUUCUGCGGCGCAGGUCAAACUCGGCGAUGCUCAUUAUUAUGGAAGAGGAACGAAAGUAGAUUAUGAGGCAGCCGCAAGUCACUAUCGUUCAGCUUCUGAACAACAGCACAAUGCUCAAGCCAUGUUUAAUUUGGGUUAUAUGCACGAACGUGGCCUAGGAUUAGCUAAAGAUCGUCAUUUAGCUAAACGAUGUUACGAUUUAGCAGCGGAAGCAAGUCCAGAUGCGCGAGUACCUGUUGCUUUAGCCUUGAUCAAACUUUCUUUCUUAUUUGGACUGGACUAUUUACAAGAAUUUAGUCUGAUCGAUCAAUUAGAUAAAUGGGACCAAUUGCUUGGUCAGAACUGGGAUCUGUAUUUAAUUGGAUUUCUUACAGGAAUGCUCAGUCUUAUCAUAUACUUCCGCAGGCCGCAGCCACCUCCUCCUCCACCAAGACCUGUUCCUCCUGUUAACUAAAUUUUUAUAUUAUCUCUUGCAUUUUGUGUAUAUGUGCUAUUUUAAGCUAAGCUCGGAAUCUACUUUAUAU